AGCAACAUGACUAAUCAAGGUCAUCAGAAGACUGAACUAGAUCCCUUUGAGUUAUCAUUUCUGGAACAGCAUGAGGAAGCUGCUCUUGAAUUCGGAUACAGCAACACCAUGAAUGGAGCAUUGAAUUCAGCCCUAAGUGAAAGCAAUAACAGUCCACAAAUGUUGACUACCCCAGCUGAGCAUAAUGACUCACGAGACGUUUUAUUACACUGGACUCAGCAGCCAACAAACACUCACAUGGCUAGUUACAAUCAAGUCACCAGUGUUGCUUCAAGAGAAAAUCAUCAACCAACAGCAUCAUGGCUUCAUCCAAACUUAGAAUGGAGCCCACCUGCGCACUCUCUCCCUUUAAGGGCACAAUCCAAUUAUCAAGGCUUUUUGUUGAGAUCUAGCUCCAGACCUGGAACAAUUCAAAUUGGGACUGGUCCAAAUGCUCGAGAGAUUGUGAUCCCUCUAAUCACAUCUUCUCGAGUUGAUAAGAAGGAAAGGGCCAGUCAAGAAGGACAAAGAAUUUCUCCAAAUAAUCAGCACAUGAAUCUUUCGAGAAAGCGUGGAAGGGAACUCGUUAGAGGGUGUAAUCAAUCCUGUUUGCUGGCUAAUAUCAUUGACGAGCGACUUAACAGUAUGGUGGUCUGA